ACUAACCCCGAGGUUUGUCUCACCCGUGGAAAGGAAAUAAUUCUUUUUUUCACAUACUGUACAGCGUGUUUUAGCUUUAAUCUCAGUACUACCUGACAUAUUUAAGGAGGUGGUUUAUUUUUUUCCCUUUAUUUUUCUAUAAACUAUCUCCCCAGAUUGUUUUUAUUUCCUAAUCCCAAAUAUCUCCUGCUAAUUGUAAAAACUCCCUGCGGCGCACAGCUCCAGUAGCAGUAACGGCACAAUUUAAGGACCUUCGUAUUUCACUUUCGCUUGCUUGUUAGGAACGUGUACCAGGCUGUAGUGUUGUUCUUGGGGCGGUGGCGGACGACUUUCCCUAAAAUACUAAAUACGCCACAUCGCCAUUUCCUUGUCCGGACGAAUGCAGAUUUGGAGACAGCCAAAGAGCGAGUCGCCGAAGUCACGUAUGUAACGCAGAAAGGGUCAAAGAAGCGUUAAAGUCUCGGAUACAACGACCGACAGACACAAUUACUUCUGUAUUUCUUUCUGUUUCUGCCGGCCUGGCGGAUUAAGGCGGGGGCCGGAGUAAUGUAGCUGGAGGUGUUCCUAAAUUCUGCUGAUAAUCACAACUGGGUUUUCACUUCCUCACUUGAGUGAAGUUAGUUGUUAUAGGUCCUUGUCUAUGUGAUAACCGCUGCCGUCGCCCGGUUUUAAAAUCGCUGCCCCCCGAAACAUGGUCUUUGACAAAUGGGAACUCAGGACUGCUCUGCUGCAGAGAGGCCCGGUAACGGCGUGAAUACCAUUAGACUCCUCACAGUGCACCGGGAGACACUUGUCAGUCAUAUUAAGAACACGCAGUGCAUCCUAGACAACCUGCUCAGCAGUGGCUUCUUCUGCACCGAAGAUGCAGAGAUUAUAUCGCGCUUCUCUACUAAAACCGACCAGGUUCGUAAAAUUUUGGAAUUGGUGCAGAGCAAAGGAGAAGAGGCGUCUCAGUACUUUGUGCAUGUUCUGCAUGAGGCCUAUGAUGCCUAUAUAGACCUAAGGCCUUGGUUUAAAGAGAUUCAGUAUCAACCCUCUGACUCUGUUAAGGAACUACCAGUGGUCAACACUGAUCCAGUAAGCAAGUACUGCAAGAAGCUUCGCCAUGAGCUGGAACAGGACACCAAGUUCAUCACCUCCUACGCACAGAAAGAGGAGACGCUGCUGGAUGAGAUGUACACGGACACCGUGAUGGAGCUGCUGAACGAGCGCAAUGAGAACUUGGGUCACCUGGACGGCCUAGAACAGCUGUUCAGUGACUGGGGGGUCUUCAACCAGCUUGCAGAGACCAUCUUGGUCCUGGGAGAUGCUGGUGUAGGGAAGUCCAUCCUGCUGCAGAAGCUGCAGAACUUGUGGUCCACGAGGCAGCUGAACAUCCAGGCGAAAUUCUUCUUUAAGUUCCGGUGCAGGAUGUUCAGCGCCUUCAAGGAGACCGAUGAGAUUUCCUUGAAGGACCUCCUCUUCAAGUACAACUGCUACCCGGACCAGGAUCCGGACGACGAGGUUUUCCGGUACGUCCUGCUGCAUCCGGAGACCGUGCUCUUCACCUUUGAUGGCUUUGACGAGAUCCACGCCGACAUUGACACGAGGAACAUUCCAGAGGUCUGCUCACCCGAGGAGAAGACCCACCCGCUCCUGCUGCUCAUGAACCUGCUCAGUGGGAGGCUGCUGAAGGGCUGCAGGAAGGUUUUGACAGCGCGCACAGGCACGGAGAUCCAGAACAAGGUGGUCAGGAAGAAGGUCCUUCUUAAAGGGUUUUCCCCAGAGAGCCUGCGGAGGUACACUGCUCUGCACUUCCAAGAGAGGGAUUAUCAGGCUUUAGUUAAUACCCAGCUGGACGCCAACCCUCAUCUCUGCAGCUUGUGCUCUGUGCCCUUGUUCUGCUGGAUUAUCUUCAAAAGCUUCAAACACUUCCAGUCCAUUUAUGACGAUUUUGAGCUGCCCAACAUCUACAUCACCCUGACCAACGUGUUCAUGCUCAUGGCGGAGGUGUUCCUCAGUCGCCCCUCCAGCCCCAGCUUGCUGAAGAAAAGCAGCAGGUGUCAAGCCGAUACUUUCAGGACCGGGAGGGAGACUCUGAUGGCUUUCGGCAAGCUGGCCAAUCUUGGCAUGGAGAAAACUGGCUUCAUGUUCAAUCACGAUGAGGUGUCGUCCUGCGGCCUGACGGAGAAGGAGCUGCAGCUGGGAUUUCUGAGGCCUGCCAGUCACUACGAUGGCAGUGGGAACCUGUCAACCUUUGAGUUUCUUCAUGUCACCCUUCAGUCUUUUUUUGCAGCUUUUUUGCUGGUGCAGGAUGAAAACAUAGGCUCUGUGGGUAUUCUGAAAUUCUUUACUGAAUGCGAAUAUAGAAAAACGACACAUUUUUGCACCUGCCUUGGAGGCUCCAAACCUUCUACGAAAGAUCCCUUCCAGGACAACGAGCAUUUGCAGUUCACUAACCUGUUCCUGUGUGGACUUCUGUCCAAGUCAAAUGUCAGCCUGUUGGAGCACCUGGUGUCCCCAAAGUCAUUGAAGAAGAAACGAGAAGUCCUUAAGUCCUAUUUAUCUGACAGCGUGAAAGCUCACUUGAAAAAUGUGCCUCGGUUCAAGUCUGAGGAGGAAGGGAGCAAAAUACACGUUAUGCCCAACUUCAUUUGGAUGUUAAGAUGCAUUUAUGAGACCCAGAGUGAAGAGAUCGCCAAACUCACUGCCAGUGGAAUCUCAGCUAGUCACAUCAAGCUGACUUUCUGCAAUAUCUACUCGGCAGAUUGCAGUGCACUGAACUUUGUUCUGCACCAUUACAAGAAACAUAUCGGUGUUGACCUGGACAACAACAAUGUCAGUGACUAUGGUGUGAAAGAGCUGAAGGCAUGUUUCCAUAAACUGACAGUAAUAAGAUUGUCUGUCAAUCAGAUCACAGAUUGCAGUAUGGAAGUCCUAGCGGAAGAACUGAUAAAGUACAAGAUAAUCAGGGUGCUGGGACUGUACAAGAAUCAGUUAACUGAUGUUGGAGCCAAACUGGUUGCUCAGAUCAUUGAAGAAUGCCCAAGUCUCAGAACUGUAAAAAUCGGGUGCAACAAGAUUACGAGCAAAGGUGGAAGAUACUUGGCCGAUGCAAUUCAGAAAAGCAGAACUAUCUUUGAAGUUGGGAUGUGGGGAAACACCAUCGGGGACGAAGGAGCGAAGGCCUUUGCCGAAGCCCUGAAGAAUCACCCCAGUCUGACAAACCUCAGCCUCUCUGCCAACGGCAUCUCCACUGAAGGAGGAAAGAGUCUGGCUGCUGCACUGAGAGAGAACACAUCUGUCCAUAUUUUUUGGCUGGUUCAGAAUGAGUUCAAUGAUGAAGUUGCUGGAUGCUUUGCAGAAACAGUCCGAGUCAACGCUGGGUUAACCCAUCUGUGGUUAAUCGAAAACAAGAUCACAGCUAAAGGGGCAAAACUGCUAGCGGACGCUCUGCCUCAGAACGGAUCGCUUAAGGAGAUCUGCCUGAAAGCAAACCUCCUUUCCAAAGAGGAAGAAGCGGCUUUCAGCCACGAGCCGCGGCUGAUGUUCUGCUGACGAAGACCCGGCCCGGCCCAGUGACGUGACCUCACCUCACCGCGACUUGCCCAGCGUUCCCCUUCAGCAGGCAGCAGAGCGGAAAGCAGCUCUGCGAGAAACAGGCCAUGUCCACAAAGACUGACCCUGGACAGUCGCAGAAGGCCGAGAACUUUUGACUCCACAGUGUUGUUCUCUGUCAACAUUUUCUUUCACUUUUCAGACAAAGGAAAAUAAAAAUCUAAUCCACUACACUGUGUCCCUCCCUGUCCCUAAAAUCCCUGUAUGUUUUGUUUAAUUGCGGGGAAGAGGAAACUUUCAAGACGUUCUGUGUACACUCUUGAUUUGAAAUUCAAUAGUAGCAGCCUGUGUUGUCAUCAGUCUUUUAUCUUGUGACUGGGGGGGGGGCAUUGAUUUUGGAUGAGAAGGGUGGGAUGGGCGUCAAGCCAAAGAGCUCCUAGUCCUUGCGCAAUCACACUGACACAUCACAACCUCGUAUACAGCAACACCCCCUUUGUGUUCCAUUGAACCAUUAAACAUCAGCAGCAAUCAUGAAGCAGCAUUCUGGGACAGCAGGAAAGACCGGUCUUGCACGUACAGUUCUAACCUGUUGCUUUCAAAGUCGCUUCCGUAGUAAAACCUUUCUGGAUCUGCCGUCCACAUGCUGCUUUACUGCAGACUCGGACCCACUGAUCCAGGGCCGCGGUUUCGCAAUGACCGCUGUUUUUUGAAGGUGCGAUAUAGAAACCUGGUUUCGCACCUGUCAACAAUACAACAACAUCAGGGACAGAAAUAUGUGACAGGUUGACUAAGCAGAAGGUCAAGUAGUCCCUUAGUCUCAAAAUGAAACGGAGAAAAUCCGUAUUUUGUGUUAAAUGGUUUUUUUUUCUUACUCAUCUGUUCAACUAAAAAUACAUUCAAGGUGAAAGGUGCUUGAAAAGAUUUUAUUUCACAUUUAUGUACAUAUUUUACAUGAAUGGAAUGUUAUUACACAUACACCCUUAAAUCAUUAAAAAAAUAUACCAUGAUCAUCAGCUUGUCGAAGAAGUACCACAGUGCUACAUAACCAGAAUAUUCUCUUUCAACCGGUUUAAUUACAAAAUGUACAAAGAGCUUAUUUCAUGUCAGCUGCUCCAAAUUGGUGACAGAGCAUUUAACACUUCUUCUUGAUUACAGAAAGACACAGUAUUUGCCUUAAUUUGUUUUGAAUUAUCCAGCUGGUGUCACUCAUUGUUUUGUAUCAAAUCAGUAAAAUGUGUUGCAUUACCUAUGAAUAUAAUGUUAAUAAAAGGAGUUCAUGUUUUAAAGCC